AUGUUGGGAGCCAACAGCUCCAGCCUGACCCCAGACUUCUUUAUCUUGAAUGGUGUUCCUGGGCUGGAAGAUGCACAUGUCUGGAUCUCUCUGCCAUUCUGCUUCAUGUACAUGAUUGCUGUUGUGGGGAAUUGUGGGCUUAUCUACCUCAUUGGCCAUGAGGAGGCUCUGCACCGGCCGAUGUACUACUUCCUGGCCUUACUCUCCUUCACUGAUGUCACCCUGUGCACUACUACUGUGCCCAAUAUGCUGUGCAUAUUCUGGUUCAACUUCAAAGAGAUUGGAUUUAAUUCUUGCCUGGUUCAGAUGUUCUUUGUCCACAUGUUGACUGGAAUGGAAUCUGGGGUGCUCAUGCUCAUGGCCCUGGACCGGUAUGUAGCCAUUUGCUAUCCUCUGCGUUAUACCACCAUCCUUACCAAUCCUGUGAUUGCCAAAGCUGGUCUUGCUACUUUCUUGAGGAGUGUGAUGCUCAUCUUUCCAUUCACUGUCCUCACCAAGCGCUUGCCCUAUUGCCGAGGCACCCUUAUCCCCCACACUUACUGUGACCACAUGUCUGUGGCCAAGGUAUCCUGUGGCAAUGCCAAGGUCAAUGCAAUCUAUGGCCUUAUGGUUGCUCUCCUGAUUGGCAUGUUUGACAUUUGCUGUAUCUCUGUGUCUUACACUAUGAUCCUGAGAGCAGUGGUGAGUCUGUCCUCUGCAGAUGCUCGCCACAAAGCCUUCAGCACCUGCACAUCUCACAUCUGUGCAAUUGUGAUCACUUAUGUGCCUGCCUUUUUUACUUUCUUCACUCAUCGCUUUGGGAGACACACUAUUCCCCAUCACAUCCACAUCAUAGUGGCCAACCUCUACCUGCUACUGCCCCCUACAAUGAACCCAAUUGUUUAUGGAGUCAACCAAGCAGAUUCGGGAAAGUGUAAUCAAAUUUUUACUUGGAGACAAAAUGGGUAUACCUAA